AUGCAGGGAACUGCCGAGGCGUCGACCGUUCCCCCAAUCGUCCUUCCCACCUUCGAGAGUGUGAAGAAGCAGACGAAAAUUCCCCAAAGGACAAGAUCCAAGACUUUACCUGACACGAGUGUGACUCGAUCGUCUGAUGUGAAAAUCUCACCCGAUACCAGGAUCACGCCCAAAAUUCAAACGUCUACUACUUCAGAUCCUUCACGGGCUACCACGAAAACCUCGAGAACUCCAAAGGUCGUUGUCACUUCGAUGCCAAAUCGUUCGAGGAAUGAUAAAGUAAACACCAAUGGAAAGAGGUCUGUAGACGACAAAUGCUUGGUCGUCCCCAAGAAACCGAUCACCGCAGUGAGGAGACCAAUCAACGUUGCCUCCAGGAAAUCAAGACCAAUGGUUACCGGUAAGGGGCGACAACCUAAGGUCAAUAGCAGCCCGCACCAACGACGGCACACGAUUGCCGCCGUCAACACAAAGACCAACGUCUCUUGCUCGCCUCCGGUGACGGAGGAAACCGUGACGUUGAUUCCAAGAACUCAGCCGCCAACUCAGUCCUCAACUCAUUCGUCUCUCCUCAUAAUAGCAGGUGACACAGAAACGAUGGAACAUAUUGAAAACGUUGAAGGCGACCGAAAAGAGAGACAAGCCAAAAACGCAAAUACCGACCACGACCACAACACCAAUAAAAGGGUGAAGCUAUUCACGAUAGCCCGAGCCAAUGACGAUUGUGCGAUACGGGAGGAAGAAACUUCUCCAUUCGACAACUCAAUCACUGACCAAACAAUGACAGCAAUCGAUGAAAUGAUCAUUGAACUCGACGACGGAGAUAUCGCAGAUUUGAAAUCGUCCUAUCGACAUCACAAGAUAUUCCUAAGCCUCGAUGACGAUGAUGCAGAAAAUCUCUUGUUUGACGACAAGUCGAUAAUAUCAACGUCGACCAGAAAAUUUAGAACCAAGCUAUCUGCAGUUCGCACCGUGAUCGACAGUAAACCCGAACCGAUAGAGGAGUUGUUUGUGGAAGACUUCAAUUUCGCUUCGUUUCUUCAUUAUUCUUCGUUCCUAUUUGAGCAAACCUCAUCUCCGGUGGAUAGUGAAAGUAGCGAAUCGCCAUCAUUGACUUCACAUUCUCAGGAGUCCCUGUGCUUCCCACGACUAUCCACCGAAUCGGUUGACGAGAGAGACAUCAUGACUGACAACGGUCGUGUUCCUCUAUCGGUUCUUGAUCCUUGGCACAACAACGGUGAUGAUGGAAUUAACCAGUGCGAGACAUUCAGUACCUCACCGAAAAGAUCUUCAUCAAACUCCUUUAAAUCAUCGAGGAUAAGUCGUAUAUGUCGAAGUUUAAGUAUGAAAUCUGGAAAAUACGAUGUUGAUUGUUCCGCCGCCUUGGAAGAAUACUCGAUCCCCUACUCAUCCUUCCUGACUCCAUCCCCGGAUGCAAAGGAAAACUUCCCGUCUCAAAAUUUCGGGUUGUCGAGUCUUUCGGAAACCGAUGACGAAGGUGACGAUGAUACUAUCUACGUCAUCAAUAGUGCCUCUAUCGCCUCCAUGCCCAAGGAACAAGACCUUGGCAGAUCGGUGAACUCAAGUGACAAUAAGCAUACUCAGAAGGCUGAAUCGUCGAUCGAAGCAGAUGAGGUACCCGUUGAAAAAUCUAACAGGAAUCGACGCGUCGAAUCAGGUGACCCGGUGGAGAGUAGUACAAGAUCGUUUAGUUCGCCGCCAACACCGACCAAUCAAACUAAAGACGUAACAUCCAUGGGCAUCAAUGGCGUCUCAUCCUCACGGAGCAGCAUAUCAACCAGUGAGUCUUCAUCGAGCAGCAUUCGACGAUCGUGGUCACACAUUGAAGUGAGGACCAUCAAAGGACUCUUUCAACGAAAACGAUCGAGCGCGAAUGACGUGAAGCGAAGGAACUCUUACGCAUAUCAGACUGGUUCGCCCAAAACUAACGAACUGAUCGCAGCCGAGUCCGAGAUUCGAGUUUUAAAUCAUGUUGUUGGGAAUCCCGGUGAUCGAAAAAACAAGGGAGUUGGUGUAUUCAGGAAAGUUGGUGGCAAGAAAAAUAAAAAGCACCGGAGUGGUGAGAAUAAUGAUAGUAACGUAGGCGAGCUAGGUUUCCCAAGGAUCCCGACCCUCCCGCCUCAGUUACCACUCGACAUCUUUGAAUUUGUCAGUGUGAAAGAGGAUGUUUUGAAGAUGAUGCAGAUGAGACGGUUUACCAUCAAUGAAAUCUAUUCAACCGAAAAGAGCUACAUGAUGCAUAUGAGAACCCUCAAGAAGGUCUUCAUUAAUCCCUUCAUUGAAGCGUCCAAAACCCCGAGCCCGCUGGUUAACUCAUCGGACAUACCGAUAAUAUUUGCUCACGUCGAUGAUCUCAUACGGCUGUCCGCGAAAAUGGUCGAAUCAUUUGAAGGUAACGCGAGCUUUCGGGAAAACCCGGAUUCAAAGAUUGGUGAGGUAUUUUUAAAGCAUCAACAAGAAUUCAAAGUGUUCCGACGGUAUUCUGAAAAUCACCAGAAGAGUAUAAUGGCAAUAAAGAGGGCCAAUGAGAAUGUGUUGUGUAGAAAAUUUAUACAGCGAUCACAACGAAAGCAAGAAACAAAUCGUCUUGGACUUUCCGACUAUAUGAUUAUGCCAAUACAAAGAGUGCCGAGAUAUUGCCUUUUGCUUAACGAACUUAAGAAGUAUACCCCCAGGUCUCAUGCAGAUUACGAGGGUUUAUGUACGGCUUUGGCUAAUAUGAAAUCACUUGCAAAGGAGUGCAACGAUACUAUUCAAAAAUUAUGA